CUGAGGCACGCCAGAUGGAUACGGUUGGAUGAGGCGGAUGUACCGUUACGCACUAGACAAACUACCGAGAAAACGAGCGAAGGGAAUAUCUCCACGAACUGACCAUUUAUACCGCUGUGUUAAAUGGAUACCGGUUGUUUCACCGCGGCGCAACGUAUUUCGUGUCACGCCAUGAAUGCGGAUUUAUUUAAGCCUGCUCCGGACCGUGGACCCCAACAGUCCUCAGCCCCGGUGAAAACCAGCAGGAAUAAACCCGAACAAAUCAAGCCGGAGCUGGCCCAGGUGGUGACAGACUCCAAAACGGGAAGAUCCUACAGUAAAGGGAAGCUUUUGGGAAAGGGUGGCUUUGCUCGAUGCUACGAGAUGACAGACCUCUCCAGCAACAAAAUGUACGCCGUGAAGGUGAUUCCACAGAGCAGGGUGUCCAAACCACACCAAAGAGACAAGAUAACAAAUGAGAUCGAGCUCCACAAAACCCUUCACCACAAGCAUGUGGUGAAAUUCUCUCAUCAUUUUGAAGACCAAGAAAACAUCUACAUAUUCCUCGAGCUCUGUAGUAGGAAGUCCCUGGCACACAUUUGGAAGGCGAGACACACACUCACAGAGCCAGGUCGAUAUUACCUCAAACAGAUCAUUUCUGGCCUCAAAUACCUCCACAGCAGAGGGAUCCUGCACAGAGAUCUCAAACUAGGCAACUUCUUUGUCAACGAGAACAUGGAGCUGCGACUGGGAGACUUUGGCCUCGCUGCCAAGCUGGAGACUGUCGAGCAGAGGAAAAAAACAAUCUGUGGGACUCCCAACUACUUGGCCCCAGAGGUGCUCAACAGACAGGGCCAUGGCACGGAGUCUGAUGUUUGGUCCCUUGGGUGUGUCAUGUAUACACUGAUGUGCGGCAACCCUCCUUUUGAAACUCUUGACCUGAAGGAGACCUACAAGUGUAUAAAGGAAGUACGGUACAACUUGCCAUCCUCGCUUUCCCCCGCUGCACAGAAACUCAUCUCAGGCAUCCUGCAGAAAAACCCCAGCGACAGACUCGCGCUGGAUCAAAUCCUCAACCACGAAUUCUUCACCAAAGGUUUCACCCCUGAUAAGCUUCCCCCCAGCAGCUGUGUGAUGGUGCCCGAGCUCCACCCCCCCAGCCCCGCCAAGAAAUUCUUCACUAAAAUGGCAAAAAGCUUCUUUGGCAAGAAGAAAGCGAAAGUGGAGAAGAUUCCAUGCGAGGAAAAAGAUGACAAAGACAUUUCCAAGCUGGUGUCUGGCAUCGUUAAGUGUUCCAUCAGCAGGCAGAUCAGCUACAAGACAGUGGGACCCAAUGAGGUGCCCUGUCCCAUCAGUCAGGUUGUCAACUCGGUGCCUCUGGAACCGACUCCAGCUGAGGAGGAGUCCAGGAAGUCGAUCUCUCGCUCCUUCAAGGGCACCACGGCCAGCAGCACUGAACCGUGUGAGGACGCCCUGACGCCUGCAGCUGUGUCUGAAUCGGCUGUGAAAGUUCUCAACAACUGCCUGGCCACCAUGCCUGCAGCCACUAGAAACCCACCGUGUUUGUCCAGGCCCCAGUCCUUCCUGUGGGUGACUAAAUGGGUCGACUACUCAAACAAAUAUGGUUUUGGGUACCAGCUCUCGAACCAAAGCAUUGGUGUGCUCUUCAACGAGGGAACCCGUCUCAGUCUCUGCGACCAACGCAAGACAGUCCACUACUGCUUGCCUGAUAACAAACACUUCACUUUCGCCACCGACUCGCUACCUGAGCAGCUUCGCAGCCAGAAGCAAAUUGUAGAGCUCAUGGCCAACUACAUGGAGCAGAACCUUAUGGAGGGUGGAGAUCUGCAUUGUGAGGAUCAAGUAUCGGGUUGUCCUCCUCUUCUGCUCCAGUGGGUGAAGACUGACCAUGCUCUUGUCAUGCUCUUCAACAAUGGCACUCUACAGGUUAACUUCUACGCAGACCACACAAAGAUCAUCCUGUGCAAGUCAUCAGAUGACUCCUACCUGCUCACCUACAUCAGCCGGGAGCGCGUCUCAUACACUUACCUCCUCAGCAUGCUGAAUGAGAUGGGCUGCACCUCGGAACUGAGACACCGGCUGCGAUACGUGGUCCAGCUGCUCCAACACCACGCCGACGCCUGAGAGCACGGCUCCGUGCCUCCCAGGCUGCCAGAUUGGCAGAUGCAAUAGAGGUGACCCGACUUGACGCCUCUUCUUCUAAGGCAGCCUGGCUGGUUGAUAGAAUUUCUCAAGGCAGCGCUGGGACGUCUUGACGGAUUGAAGGCUGCUCAGAAGAGUAUAUAUUCUUUUCUAAACUGGUGCUUAGGCAGCUGAUUUAUCAAAUUGAUUGGACGUUGAUGAAUAUCAAGUCAGGAAGUUGCCAAAUGCAGCAUAUGUCUCAAGGGUUUGUGCCUGUCCAGUUUAUGUCUCAAAGGUAUCCAUCCACCUGGAAGGUAUUGAUGCCUAAAAUAAGAGACUCCUCCUACCUGGCCUGAAAUGAUGGAUCCCUCACAGGCAGAUGCUAAAUGAACACCCAAACUCUCCAAUACCUUUCUUCACCCACUGCUUCUUGGGUGGAUCUUUCAAAGCCACCAACCAACCCUGCAGCUUUCCACUUCCCCCUGAAAGCCAAUAAUCCAGGCAUGGUUUCUCAAAGGUAUCUAAACACUAAAUUGUCUUACUUGCUUGCAACGAAACCAGGAUAUCUUGCCACUGGAAUUCUUUUCGGCUGUGUG